ACUUGCCUUAUCUGAGGAACUGUCAACAAAACAAAAGUUAGCGAAAAAAAUAAAGAUUGGUCAGCGAAUAGCUCUGCCCCCUGCGUAUGGCAUUGUGAAAUAUUUAGCGAUGUUUGCCUCAUCACACUACCACCUCAGUAGUGCCCGUGCCACAAUCGCUUGUUCCGUCGAGAAGGGAAAGGCUGCAUUCCCCUCGUAAACACUACGCCCAGAACCAUCCCGUCCCGCAAAUCAUUCUCCACACGGCGCACACACACACACACACUCUCUGUGCCCGUGGUGCCAGCAAGUGUGUGGCAGCAGGGCUCGAGGGAAGUAGUCGCAAUCUCUCCAGCUUGCCCGUGCGUCAAUGGUGGCGUUCGUUUCCGUUUCCUUCCGUCGUCGCACUAGCCGUCGUUUGCUGCCGAUCGAGCGAAGGAAAAGCACCGCGACCGCUGGCAACGACGGUGCCGCGCACCCGAACACGCGAUGCCCUGCGAAAAGUGCAAUGUGAAGUUCGGCAUCAUAACGCGCAAAAAGUCCUGCUAUGAGUGUCACCGACUGUUCUGCCGGAACUGCCUGUCGAAGCGGCAGGAGCGGUUCCUCUGCCCGAACUGUACCAUCUUCACCAAGCGGCCUCUAUCGCGCAUCGAUCUGGCCCAGCUAAAAGUGAAGGAUCUUAUCUUUUACCUGCAGUCGAAGCACAUUUCCACGUCCGGUUGCGUCGAAAAAGACGACCUGAUAAAUCUGGUGAUUGCUCAUGUAAACUCUGGCGGCAGCUCGCCCCGCACGCCCGGCAGCUUCAGUGCCACCUCGUCCAACACGGAGUCGGCAUCCGGUGGCUCAUCCCGGUACGGCAGCUUCUAUCGGAAUGGCACCAAAAACUGUACCAACACGUUCGAUCAGAUCAAAAACACCUGCCAGAAUUUGUUCUCUACCUUUUCGGAGAAAAUCAACGGAGACGCUCCGGAAGCGGGCCGGGCAAGCAGCGGGUUCGCAACGCAGGAAGAGCAGCGGCACAUCUUUACCCAGCCACGGUUCGGCAGCAACAAUGUGUACCAUUCCGUCGAUCCUAGUGAGCGGCCGUCGAACGGCGGCACCGGCUACCAUACCCAUCCCUCUCCCUCCAACGAGAACGGCCACCGAAGGGCGGAACCCGAGCAGUACGAUUCGGGUUCGAUGGAACGGUCGGCACACUUUAGCAGCGCCAGCAGUGGAACCACCGGUGGGGCCGAUACCAGUGCCGCUUCGUCUUCGUUUUCAACGCCCAGCCGGGAAGCGUCCGCGCCGCUGCUUGCCGAACAGCAACCGUCAGCCGUGCAGGGGCAAACGCUGGCCACGCUGGACGAUCGCAUCGAGAGCAUACUGGCGCUGGAACCGGGCGAAAACGGGUGCGAGUGCUGCACCGACGACGAGGACGAGGAAAGGGACGGUGCAGUGACGAAGCAGCAGGAGGCAGGUGGAGAGAGCGAACCAGAUGUGCCGCAGCGGUCGAAGCAGGCCCGCCGAAACCAUUCCCAUUCCAAUCUGCUGUCGCCCGUGCAGGCUGGACCAAGCGCAGACACGUCGGCCGGUACGCCCCCGAAGGUGGUCACGCGCAGCCAAACGCCCUCGUCGUCGUUCGACGAUCUGCUGGCCGACGGGGAGGGUAGCAGCAGCAAUGCGGACCAUGCGAUUGCGCAGGAUGCCACGCUAGCGGCCACGACCGAGACUGAUGCACUGGGCACGACGGUAGCGUCUACCGACGACACCGACCAGUGGCAAAUCAUCAAUACCUCAGAAGCGAACUGUGCUGGUGCUGAUGGUGACGCUGGGGAAGGUGGCGGUGGUGAUGGUGCGGGCGGUACACUGGAAGCGGCCACCCACAGCGAUCUGCCGAUGACCGAUGCAACGAACGAAACCACCACGGUUACGACCAACGAAGCGGACGAGGAGAGCAGCGACAGUAUCAGCCAUUCGGUGGAAACUAAACCAAACCCGCUGCCCUCGGUGCCCGUCCUCGGCCACAGUCCUUCCGCCGGCUCAACGGUCGGGCCGGCCAUAACGCGCUGUCGCUCGGACAGCUACCUACUGGCGGAGUGUCGCGUGCCGUCGCGUCCGGAACCGACCAACGAUCGGCAGACGGCGGCUCUGCGUGCCGCCACGGUCAGCAGCGAUGCAAUUCCAACCUCUAGUCACCCGGCCAACCACACUGGCACGACGCACGGUAUGUGUUUCCGCUGCGGCAAGCGGCGCAACGGCAUCCGCAGAAAGUUGAAAAAGUUCCGCAAGCAGCUCGAUGCGGCCACCGUUUCGGAGGUGGAAAAGCGCCGCAAGCUGGAAGCGUUCCUGAACUAUCUUGAGCGGCGGAGCAAGGGCUCGUUCGAUCUGACCGAUUCCGAGUCCAUCACCGAGGAGGCUAGCGUUAGCAUGGGCGACGAGGCGGCCGGCGAAGGGGCGGCGUCCGGAUCGCGAACUGGUGCGCACGGGAUACAGGCGGGACAGAGCAUCCCGAAACCACCGGAAGAUUUGCCCCUCUGUACCAACCUGUACUCGUCCGGCAACCUCGAUCUGGUCAACAUGAAGCAGAUCAAGCUGAGCGACAUUAAGGAAAGUGCGGAUCUGGACGUGCUGUCGGUGAAGCAGCUCAAGGGCAUCCUAAUGGUAAACCGGGUCGACUUUAAGGGAUGCUGCGAGAAGGCCGAACUAAAGGAACGGGUGCUACGGUUGUGGCGUGAUUAUAAAUCAAUCCCAUCAAUCGAAAAACUUCCAUCGGACGAUUUGUGCAAAAUUUGCAUGGAUGCACCCAUCGAGUGUGUGAUACUGGAGUGCGGCCACAUGACGACCUGUACCGCGUGCGGCAAGGUGCUGAGCGAGUGUCCCAUUUGCCGCCAGUAUAUAGUGCGGGUGGUGCGAUUCUUCCGAGCCUAAAUGCGGGUUUGCCACACUCACACACACACACAGAGACACCUCGUCCCGAAAAUCGUCUCAGGGUAUUUGGUUAGGCCAAAUGGUUCCAAUGGGGCAGCUGAUUUAACUUUCGAGUUUUAAUUUCUCUUACAGCUUCUCGUACACCUACACCAAAGUGUGUUUAUUAUUUUGUUUUUGGUUAGCUAUUUAUUAUGUUUUAAACAACGCUUUCCCUUCUUCCUUUCUUGUCCUGAUUGAAAGAGGUAUUUUAUGGUAGUUGUACAACAUACACAUCUAUGAUAUGAGUAUUUGUUUAUCGCUGUCUUGGUUACGCCCUGGUGCCGUUGAAGGCAAAACCUGGCGAAGGUGUGUGUACACGCAAUUUGACAAAUAAUAGUAAACAUUAAGACACUAUAGAACAAAAAAUCCCCGCAACAUCAUAGACACACACACACACUCAUACUCUGAGCGAAAAAACGAAAAAUAAUGUGAUCUAGUUAAUCUAGGAUAAAAUGCGCCAGCAAAGCGCAGUAGUACUGCAACCGAACUGAUCGGCCUGUCCCACAAGUAAUCCUUGCUUAAUCAGUCAAAAUCGGUCGUAGUAGAGGGUAAAGGACUGCAGCAGCAGCAGCAACAGUAUGUAUAGGGAACACCCUUCAGAGUACCGAGAUGCUCGGUAUGGGGGGACACAAAAGGACACAAAAUUGUAGCAAAAGAAACAAGAGUCUGCGAUAUACACUGCUAGUCCGGUGUUUUCGGUGUAGCGCGAUUGGGUACGGGACCGGAUCGAAUGUGUUGAAUGUGUAAUUAAUGUCUCGAAAUGGCCAUUCCUAACAAAGCAUUAAAAAAACAGGAAGGAAAAUGUGCACGUGCUCUGGGCACACGCGUUCGGUGAUGUAAAGUGUGGAACCGUUCACGUGUGCCGUCACGGGUGUAAUUAUGUUCCGUUGCGCGUAAAAGACAAACCUUUUACUUCCUCCCCUACUCCCUAGUGUGAGCGCGGGGUGCGUGCCACCUGAUGCUGUUCCUAUACAACCACCAACCUAUCAAACCUCUCUCCCCGCAGCAGUUGCCCGCACUGGGCACUGCGCCACAUUUGUUAAAGGACAACACGCGUGAUGAAAAAGAAAAAAAAACAACGCAAUCAAUCUAAUUACUACUAUUAAUCGUUCGAUUUCCCAUUCUUUCCAUUAGACUUUCAAUUGUUGACAACGUAACGUAAGCGAGCGCAACGCGAAAAACAAAAACACAAAAAAAACAAAACAAAAAGGGUUAAUGAAUUCCAAUUGCAUCUAAGCAUGAAAGUACCGUAACAAUAAACUGCUAAAA